AAAAUGAACAUUUUGUUUUAUAAAAGUUACAUUUUCAGCUUUUUUCAUACCUCCAUUUGUGGUGGGUAAAGCAGUGUGCUGAUCAUGUUAACCCAUUGGAGAAGAAACGGCAAGUCAUUCUUACAAGCUAGUAAAUCAAUUUGCAGUCAAUUGGUUUACCAUGGCUAUUUUUAUGUCUUUAUGAUUGAAAUAAUUCUGCCAUCGGGAGGACUGUGAAAUGUUAAACUUGCAACAAUGGAGAUGAUGAUGAUGAUGAUGAUGAUGAUGAUGAUGAUGAUGAUGAUGAUGAUGGGAUUUUUCUGAAGAAUAAUGUCUGUUGACGCAGAGGAGGAAAAUCAGCAUCCUGCUUCACAUGUUCUCCUUCAGGGACAUAAUGUUCGUCUGAAUGGAGGGCAGGAGUCGGUGGAUCCCGCAUUACGCUGCCAUAAAUCCGCGCAGUGGAGAAGAGCUGCAGUGAAUGCAGCCUUCAGUCAUUGCUGACGUCGCGUCUCUUUAACGGAGGGCUUCUCAGGACAGGGAGGGGCGGGGGGUGAACGGGUUCAUCGGGUUCAUUCCUGUAUCUCAGGUCGGCUGUUCCCGGUUCCCUGUGUUAACGAGAGGCUGCGGCACAAAUCGCUGAUGAAACAUGGAAGCAGCCCGCAUCGGAGACCGGAUACAUUGUGUUUAUUCUGGACACUGACUGGAUGAGUUGAUGGCUGUAAAGCACGCAGCCAUUUUCAGGUGAACCUGUGCUCUUCCAGCCAGCUGUAGCCUAUGUGUUGGGAAUGGAGAGAUCGCUUUUUCCUGUGCAGGCUGCUGCUGGAAUAUAAAUGAUGAUGAUGAUGGCUGAUGGGUGCUGCAGGGGAACGGAAAGAAGCAGGGGUAAGAUCCAGUCCGAUUCUCUGUCCAGACACGCGUAUCCCCAGCAAUACAUCCAGGCUGGAGCAGCGCAGCAGGGAAAUGACAUUCAGGAACUGGCCUCAAAACGCGUUGAUAUCCAGAAGAAACGCUUCUAUCUGGACGUGAAGCAGAGUGUACGCGGUCGCUUCCUGAAGAUAGCCGAGGUGUGGAUCGGGAGAGGGCGUCAUGAUAACAUCAGGAAGAGCAAGCUGACUCUGUCCAUGUCAAUGGCUCCGGCUCUGCGAUACUGCCUGGGAGAUUUCAUCGAUUAUUACGCCCGAAUCGGACUGAGGGGGAACCUGGUCCAGACUCCCCAGCUGGCAGAGGAACACGGCAGCAACGGGCAGGGCCGCGGGCAUGAUGCUCGCAGAAAAGCGCGGGAGCAGCAUGCAUCUCCCACCGGCUCGGUAGGCUCCGACGAUCAUGCCCACCGAGUUCUCAAGAGCGAGUUCAUUGAGAGAGACAACAGGAAGUACUUUCUGGACCUCAAGGAGAAUCAGAGAGGCAGGUUCCUCCGCAUACGACAGACCGUCAGCAAAGGCCACGGCUCCAUGGGCUACUAUGGCCAGGGUAUCGAGCAGACCAUCGUUCUGCCCGCACAGGGGCUCAUCGAGUUCAGAGACGCCCUGUCCCAGCUCAUUGAGGACUACGGGGACGAAGAGGCGGACGAGCAUGGCCGACUGGGCUCCAGGACUCGCCUCGAUAACCCCGAGCUUCCGGAGGCAGCGUCCUUUAGAGUGGACAACAAACGCUUUUACUUUGAUGUGGGCUCAAACCGCUACGGGGUUUUCUUAAAAAUAAGUGAAGUGCGUCAGCCGUACAGGAACACCAUCACGGUCCCAUUGAAAGCCUGGGCUCGAUUCGGAGAAAACUUCAUCAGGUAUGAGGAGGAAAUGCGGAGGAUCUUCUCAUGCCACAAGGAGAAGAGGACAGAAGACCGACAGGACAGCAUAGAGCAGGAGGACUGACCUCUGGACCCUCCAGACACAUGGCCCAACCUUCCACAUGCCAUGUUCUGUCACCACAAGUAGGCUGAUUUACCAAGGGCUGGUAAACAUCUACCCUGCCAAGAAGUGAUCCAUUCAUAGCCUUAUAGCAACACCUGAUUCAUCUACUGCUGCUGAUGCACUUUAACCAGGAGCAGCCUGGGAAUGAUUUGGGGCUCUGUGGACUUUAACCCACAUUUGCCUUUUAAAUAUAAGAAUGCACUGUACAGCUGGUUAUUAAUCAAAAAAAGUUACAGUGAUAUGGUAUUGCUGGUAAUAGAUGAGCUUUAGAGUUGACCAUUGUUAAUGUUGGCACCCUAAACAUUACCUAAUAUUUUUGUGGCAAGCAGAAAAGUGCAGAGAAGUGCAAACUGCAACAAAUCAAAAAGGUCAUUAUAAACAUAGGAUGAAUAUCUAUAUUUGAGUCAAAUAAAAAGUUGAGGUGAGUUGCCUGAGAAAUUUGCUGGGUUGUUGGGAUAUCCUGAUGGUUGGGGCCUUAGGUAGUCCCAAUAAGUGCAAUAAAUACCAGUCAAUGCUUGCAGCCUCACUGACCUAGGGAAAACUAUGGUGUAGUGAGAUGUAGGUGUUGAUCCAAUGGAAUAAUAUAUUUAUAAUUGUCACAACAACUAGGCAAGAGAAACAUUGGUGUGCCGAUGCAUGCUGCCAGCGAAAUGGUUAUCCUGGUGUUGUGACUUGUUUUGUUUUCUGAUGUAGAGUUUAGUCCUUCAGUUUACUGUUCAAGUGUACAUGGACAACAGAAUCCUGGGUUUGACCUUGUGCUUCUCCUUAGAUCAGGUUAUGUUCCGAUAUUCUUACGUACUGUUAUCAGUGAAGACAUGAUCUGGUCUUUGCCUUCUCAUGUGCACUGAAGAAUUGCAAGGCAUGUUGUGUUCUCCAGAUCAUUAAAAGCAGAGUUCCUGGGCAGUCUUCAGUUGUGCAGACACAGUUCAUUGCUGCUAUGUGCACUGGCAGUUUAGCAUCCAUCAAAAUAUACCAAAACUGCACAGCAGAUGUUAGGUUUUCACAUUGGCAAGCUCUGGGUCAGUUUAGAGACAACUUUUGCAGUGAUGCAAACCUGCAGAGCUGUCUAUUGAGUGCAGAAUCACUGACCAGAUGUCAUACCCUACACGUAAAAUCCAUUGGUGCUUAGAGUUGCACCACUAGUCAGUUUCAGAAAGAGAACUGAACUUGUGAGAGGUCCAGAGUGUGGUUUUUAAUGAGCCAAACUAUCAGUGCAGCUGUUGCUGAAAGAGCCAACAAGAUUCAAAGGAGGCAAAACAAAUCUAUAAGUGUGAGGCUUGACUAGGUUUCUUGCAGUUAGUUUAUGAAACGCAGUGUAGUCUUUGGAUGAUCUGAUCCAACUUUGGGUGUCAUUGGGCAAGGCUAAAUCCAUGAAUAUUGAUAUUUGAGACAUUUUUUGCCAUGAAGCAUAAAACUGUCAAAGAAGGAUGAAUGUGGAUUCAAAAACCACAACUUUAAAUAUAAAACUGUCAUGAGAGAUGGCAAAAGAAAGACGUAGCACAAGCAGCUACAUAUUGUCUUUUCAGAUGUGAAUUCUGCAGUUUUUCUACAUCUUCUGCUAGGCACACAAACAUGAUCAACUGGAAGUAUAUCAUGUAAAAACAGCCCUGGAAAACAAAAAGGAAGCCAUACGUUUCUGCUGAAGACAUAUUUAGGCAUGGUUCAUUCAUUUAAAAGUUGAAAAUGAUGCAUGAUAGAGGAAAGGUUUUUUAGUAAUUUGCUUCCACUUCUAAUGUUCAGACUACAAAUAAUUAGUAUAAGAGACUCCAUGCCACCUGGUACAGUGAUACCUUUAAUUACAACUUUGUGUUAUUUUACCCUGAAAGCCUCUCCUUAUUGAGUUUUACAACCAUUUUAGGUCACAUCCGUGUGUGUGGGUUUUCAUUGUUCAACAUGCCAUCUGAUGCUUCUCACACACAGGAAUGCUCAGACUGAAUAAGUCCUUCUUGUCAUGUGGAAGAUGUGUGUAGAGUGGCAAUGCAGACUGAUGGCUACUGCACUGAACAGCCCACACAUUGCAAACAAGAACACAUGUUUUAUUUUGAUCCAAUUAUUUUGAUUCUGGUUUAAUCAAGGUGAAUUUACAUUAGUCAGCUUUUUUAUGUGAUAAUUGAAGUAGCAGCAGUGGAAAGGAGGCUAGCGCUGGAUUAGACAGAAAAAAACGUCGCUUUUUAUUUUCCAUCUACCUGAAUACAUUCAGUGUCUUGCAUCAUGAGGACACAAAUUUACAUUUGUUGAACCUCAAAAAAAUAUAUACUCAUCAGCCAAGGUAUUACAUAUACCUUGCUAGUACUAGGAGUUCAUCUUGUAAUCUGUGUGUUGCCUGUUCGAAUCCCUGCUCCGUCUAUCUCAGUCGUUGUGUCCUUGGGGAAGAUGCCUCACCCACUGAGUGGGCAUUUAAACUUUUGUUGCUUGCUUAUCUUCCUUAUCAGGAAGGUAGUUUCAUCCAUGCAAUUGCUGCUCACUGAAUAUUAUUUUUUGUUCCCUGAGAAUUUUCUAUGAACAAAAGAGAUGGUUAUAUGGGAAAAUCCCAGUAGAUGAGUUGUUUCUGUAAUACUCAGACCAGUCUGUCACCAACAGCCGUGUCACUGUCCUUUCUUCCCCAUCCUGGUGCCCUCUUUGAUCUUCAGCAAGUCAUUAUAAUAGCGUCUAAAUGCAGUGAGUUACUGCCAUGAGACUGGCUCAUUCAUGACUUGUUUUUCAAGCUUUCAGUUCAAACAGGUCUAUCUAAUAAUGUGGCUAAUGAGUGUAUACUCUUCAUGCUGCAGUGGAUGAUGUAUUCCACUGUUCACAUUGUGUUUCCUUUGUAAAUGUAUUCGGUUGCUGGACAUUUUCAUGAUAUAGUAUAUAGUGUAGAGUGAGGAAAUCUUUUCUUUACAUCUGAAGUAAAGGAAGAAUAUUUGGAGCUCUCUAAUUUUCCACAGUCCAGCAUUUUAUAAUUUAAACAAGGAAUCUAAAAAACACUUAGCUUUUAAAAUGAGGUGAAGGACGUUUGGCAGAAGGUAAAAAUGAAUGUGGUUUUGUCAUAACAUUAAGCUCUUUUUUAAUUUAGUGAAUUAGAUCAACCUGUUCUGUGUUGUCUUACUCUCUGUUUUGUUAUUGAAGUACUUCUAAGGUUUUUCACCGCACUGCUUUCAGUGCUAACCCAGCGCUGGAGCUGGAGCUGGAGCUGGAGCCAGGUCUUACCCGGUUCUAUAAAAAAAAAACAUGGCAAAGAACCUACUUGGUAGCCAGAGAGCUUCUUAGAGCCACAUCCUUACAUCACUGUAAGCAACUCUUCCAGUCAAUUUUGGAUUGUGUAAUUCUUUAAAAAUAUCAGCAUUCUGACUUUGGAGCUUUCCAGUAGAUUUUAUUUCCAAAUUGGACCAUGCAAAUUGUAAAAGUUGUUGCACUUAAAAUCCAGACAGACAUUUCUGAAGGAAGCAGCAAUGCAAACAGAACUUAGGCAGGAUGUUUCAACCCCCCCCCUUUUAAAAUCAAUAUCAUCUGGGAAUAUUGAUAAAACCCAACUGACUGCUAAAAAGUAGCCCUAUGCAAUGCUUUGAUCUCAUUAUAUUACAUAUAGGAAGAGGUGAAAACAUAGAGAGAGAAAAGAGACACUGAGCUUUGCUGUUAGAUGAACCAGAUUAAAUGCUGAAUUACCUCAGUGCUUUGGAACAUAAUUUUGUUUGCUUGUUGGUUUCCAUGAACCCACCGUUGGCUGCUGAAAAAAAAUUCUCCUUUCCACUGGGCCCAGGAGUUGUUGGAGUCAGUGUUGGAGCUCUCUGAUGGAAACAAAAAGAACUGGUGUUAUGAAACCACUGUCAGUAAAUCUGCUCUGGAUCAAGUAUUGUGGAUGGAACACAGCCAUGUUAAUGGUUAGGCUCACAUGUUCAGACCAGUCAGAAUGUCUGCUGUGCAAAAUAUCUUCUGAUGUAGUUCAUUCAGGUAUAUAACCAACUAACUGGCACUUUUCAUUUUAAAGAUUAAGUUGUUUUAUUGGGCUAGUUCCUGUUGGCCCCUUUAGUCAAUAAAAACUAAGGAAUAUUUAAUGUUUGCUGCCCUUUUAGGAGGAUCUGGUGAAGACUGUCAAUUUAUUUUCAGUAACUUGUUUUACUUUUUUAUAUAGAGACCUACGAGAUAUAUCAUACUUUGUAUAAUUCAAAGCACAAUCUAUUUUAGAAAUUAGAAAUUAAUUUUCCCCAAGAUAAUUCUUGUCUAAACUAAAUUUUAAUAUAAGGAAUAUGAAGUGUACACUGUAAAAAAAUAAGCGUCUAAUUUACAGUAAAAUACCGGCAGCUGUGGUUGACAGAAUUUUACCGUUAUUUAUAUGGUAAAAUCAACUUAUGCUGUGUUUUCAUUUUCUUCGAAGUUGGAGCUGGAAAUAAAGGUUCGACACCUGUGAUCUAGCAACUUUCACUACAUUCUACAUGAAUGUGGCCAUAUUAGAUAGUGAACACUGGUUGCUCUGCAAAUGUUCCAGUCAGACUUUUGAAAAUCUGACUUCUGAUUAAUAGGGGAUCACAUCAGUAGUAAAGUCCUGUAAAGGCAGGAUGGUCAUUAGUUUGGUAAAAUGAGUGCUAUAGUAAACACUUUAAAGAAAAUCUGCACUUUUGUUGAAAUUAUUUCUAGCAGAAGGACCACUAAUAUUAGCAUAAAUUGACAAUCACUGAUCACAGCGACUAUAAGCUGCACACAACCCCAGCCCCCCCAUGAUAUUCUGCUUCUUUAUUAAGAUUGUGCCUGAAAGUGUCAACCUGCAGAUAAAUUUAGCCCACACACAACCUGCAAAGUCUUAAAGUUUUAAAAGGACCAGUUGAACCAAUUAAGGGGGGCUAGUUAAACCAGCAGGCACGUCUAGAGCUGAUGUGAGCUUUCGGAAAUAAAGCCACCCUCAGAACCACAGGACUGAAGCAGAACUCUGUGGUCGACAUAGAGAGCUCCUCAUACUAUGUGUUUCAGACAUUUCACAUACCAAAGGUUACAAUAAAUAAGAGGUAUACUGUGUUAUUUCUAAUGCUUUAUUUCAGUGAAGGGUAUGGCAUGGGUUGGUGGGGUUCAGUUUGCUAUUUUGUCCAUUUUCAUUGUAAAAGCGGCUCAUACAACCGACCCAUACAGCUCUGUUCCUGGGCAGUCUUCAGUUGUAGGUCUAUAGGAAAAUGGUACAGUACAGAUAUGGUGUUACACAGCACAGUCCAUUGAUUGGGUGAGGGCACUGACCCUUCCAUCACAACCUGAACCUGUGAAGCUCGUUUAAACUUUUAUCACUAUAUCAUUUUGCAGCUCAUAAGCCAGCAGCCCUCCUUGGCUCCUUGGUCCUUUCAAAACUCAACCCAGAAAAUGCUUAGUCCCUUGACUUCAAUUAUUUUGUAAAAGGGACUUUAGUUGUAGAUUGAAUACACACUUUAAAAGAAGUAGUGUUUCAUAAUGGGAGUGGUCUCUUUCAGCAGCAUAACAUUUCUGUGGAGAAAUGGAACGUGGUUGGUUUAAGGAAAACAAGUUUGAGGAGACAAGCCUGAACACCCAUUAGCUUCAAUGACUUUAAAUAUUUACCACAGAUUCACUGAAGACAAGAGACUGAGACUGAGUCCAAAAGAUCAGAUGCCAAUGUUAGACAAUUGGUCAUAAUGUUAUGGCUGAUUAGUUUAAAUUAAGGUAUUGUUUGUAGUUUUGAACAAUUUGUAGAUUGUAGAUUGAUCCAGUAAAAUGAUUUUUUUUCUUACCUAAAAGAGAGCCCCACAGGGUAUUUUUAACUUUUUAGAAAUAUUUUUUGCUCAAACAGCAGGUCUUGGUCAGCCUGUCUUUAGAUCUGUUGGUUUUUAACAAUGGCAAGAAUACACAAAAACUUAGAUUCUAAAUUUGGAAGAAGUUUAUUAAACCAAACCAUGUGCAUGUAUAGGGCUAACACUGAUAUCACAGCUAAAGGUUCAACUCUGGCCAAAGCUGCUAAGACUCAUGUAUGUGAUCCAUCCUACUUAUCAGUCUCUAAACUCAAUGGAUAAAAUUUUAUAUUUUUAUAAAGUCUUAUUAUUAACAUUUAUUAUUCAUAUUUUAAUCAAAGGCACUUUCCCUUAUAAGCUUCCUAAAUAAGUAACAGAAGUCAAAUUCUGUAAUCUAUCUAAAGAUUAAAAAUGUCCCUGUAACCGUCUGGUUCUUGUUUUCAGUGGACAUGACGUGGAUGGUUACAGGAUUCUGAAUCCUGAACUGCAGAUCUGAUGUUUUCUAGUUUGGAUGCCUUAAAGGUCCAUUUGAAUUCAUCUCUGCUCAUUUUCAUUUUUGUGCUUUUUAUUUUUAGCAGACUGAAACAUAUUAAAAAUAGCCAAAGGCAAAAUAAAAAAGGAGCUAUAAUCAAAAUAUGUGCCAUUUGUCACAUCUAGAAGGAAACGGCAGAUUUUUUUUAAAGGAAAACGUUAACCUUACAAAGUGUUUGUGUUCAUGUGUGGUUGUGCAGAGUGAUGUGAACAUAGGCGUACUGAAGAAGACAUUCUGCUUGUCCUGUUGUAUUAUGCAUUUGGUUGUAAACUGGAAAAUGUAGAGAUAUUGAUGUUUGGCCUUUAAAAAAGCAACUAAGAAAAAUAAAGAAAAGAUGAAAAGGUAUACAUUUAGAUAAAUGUAAGACACUGGUGUGUUCUGUAGUUCUGUAAACUAAGACUUCUGAAACAAGGAAAUGUUGUACUUUAGCACUUUCUUUACUGUGUACUGUAUUCAGUUCAAAUUUACAUGUAAAGUACUGUAUGAAUAGUCAUUACUUGCCUUGUGACAUUUUAAUCAAUGCUACAUUUAGAAAUGUUAUCUAAGAACAUGAUUUUAGAGUGUAUGCAUGCUAGUGGUUGGGUACCAGUGUAAAAGGAUAACUAUGAAAAAUGGUGCUAUGUAAUAAUGGUGCUUCUAUGGACCCCAGCCAAAUGCAUGCAUAGAGGAUCUAUUAAAGGAUGGAAAAAAGAGAAAAUGUCCUACUGCUGUUCUCAAGUAGUGCUGCUUCCCAAAGAUGUUCCAAGGAUUGGAAAAAUCCAGCGGUCUCUUAAAAUGCAACAACCCUUCAACACUGGUUUACAGUCGGACUUCUGACAGUGUGUCAAAGUUCUCUGCAAACACUCAGUGUUUUCUCUGCUUCUUAUCCUUUUACAACAUGUGUUCAUAGUCCUCUUAGUCUGCCGGAAGAUAUUUUACCUAAGCAGAGAACAUUUGUGUUGUACAGAUUUUUGUUUAUCUGAGCCUCUUGACUGAAAGCCAUUGAAGGCAGGUAUUUCAAAUCUUAUUCAUAUGGCAUAGUAUUUUUGAAACAUAUAGUAGUGGCAAUUCUAGACUAAAUUAACCAGGGAAACCAUGGUGGGGCCAAAAAAACAAAAAACAAAAUCAGGGCAGUAUUUAAUAGUUUAAUACUUUUGGUGAGUCAAAGAGGCACCUUUGGCUCUGGAGCUGUAGGUUGCAGACCCCUGAUCUGGUAUAUGAAAAGUUGGGCCAAGGGACCAAUACAUUCUGGUUACGGUAACACUUAUCAUCAUAAGACAUUGAUCUAGUAUUGUAUCUCAGUAAAGGGAUCAGUACAGGGGCCAGAACCAAUUCUACAGGGUCACUGGCCCCUGUUGGCCCCUAUCUAGAACCACCCAUGCCCAUAGUAAGAGAUAACUAACUUCUAGGAUUGGUUACAGUAAGGUUUGCCUCUAACUGCCAUUCCAAACUUCCCCCCAUUCUUAGCAAAAACCAGAACCAGGAAUAGUUCGACCAGUCUGAGUCACUGAACAUUAAUAAGUACUGUAAACCAAGAGGCUCUCAAACUGUUGGGCCACCCAGUUAUGAAGUGCCAAAAUCCAUCAGGUCUAAUUAUAGAUGAAUAAGAUUCACAGACAAUCUGAUGACAUCAUUUUGUACUUUCCAUUCUUCAGGUCAUGUGAUCAAAACACAAUUUUUAUGUAGCACAGUUACUGAACUACAAACAUUGCAGUGUUUAAAAAGUAAAACAUGUUUGAGCUUGGGAACCUUUGUGUGGAUUAUCGAUGUAACUUGUUUGAAAGAAGAAAAUGUGUACAUUUGUUAGCUGUACUAAUCAGUGCUCCCUUUCUGUUUCUCAGUAAUUAAACGGUAUCCAGCAUUAUCGCUACUGGUGCCACACUAC